UCACAAAUCGGGUUUUUAGGUCUACACGUCUCUAAAGCCCCAUAGAGAGGAACACCCUCCCCUCACAAGGACUAGUGGAGCCCUCCCAAUCCAUCAUGACUCCGAAGAAGUAAAUCUUCGGAAAAAAAAAAAAAAAAAAAAAAAAACAUACUUUCAUAUCCUAGCUCUUUUGUUCCCCAUAACACUGCCACAAGUCCCGCCUUUUUGAAAGCUCAUAAAGUUCCCAAAGGCCCAACUAUUUUAGUGGUAGAGAGAGAGAUUUGGUGUUUUUUGAGUGGAGUUGGUUAUGAGUAAUUGGUUGGGAUUCUCUCUGGCUCCACACUUGAGGAUCCAUGAAGGAUUUGGUGGGAGGGAAGAUGAACAAGAACAUGUAGGAGGUGGAGGCUUCUCUUCUGAAAUGACCAUCAUGCCCUUGCGCUCUGAUGGUUCUCUCUGUGUUUCUGCUGACCCUUUCAGCCGCUCCAAUGGCUCUGAAGAUUGGAGAUAUGAGAACCAAAUGGGUGCAACAAGUGAGACAGCUGCAGACCCAAACGAGGAGGGUCCAAAGCUUGAAGAUUUCUUGGGCAGCUGCUACUCCAGCUCUCCUCCUCCAACUGAUGAAACCAAAGCCUACAACUUCCACACCCAGCAAGACCAAAACCAAGACUCCCCCAUCUCCCAAAUCAACGUCAACGAAUCCCCCAACUUCACCACCACCACACCCAGCAACGGAGAAAUCGAACCCAGCAGAGAUCACUUUAUCAAUAAUCAACCCUACACCCAUUACUGCAAUAUGAACCCAGCACAAAGCCUUGUCCCUAGUAAUGGCAUGUACAAAUCUUGGUUGGGCCAAACGCUGCCCUUUUGCGAUGGGAAAUCAUUAUGUGGUGGUGAUCAUCAGUCAGCUCUCUCACUCACUAUGUGUCCAAGCUUGCAAAAUGGUAAUAAUAAUAAUAAUAAUAAUAAUAAUAAUAAUAAUAAUAAUAAUAUGGGUGCAAUUUCUCAUCAACAAAUCCAAGUAGUGGAUAACAAGAAAAGGGCUGUUGGGAAAUCUCCUGCUAGAGAACCAGUUCCUAGAAAAUCUCUCGACACUUUUGGUCAGCGCACUUCUCAGUACCGGGGUGUCACCAGGCAUAGGUGGACUGGGAGAUAUGAGGCCCAUCUAUGGGAUAAUAGUUGCAGAAAAGAAGGGCAAACAAGGAAAGGAAGGCAAGUUUAUCUGGGCGGUUAUGAUAAGGAGGAGAGAGCUGCUAGGGCUUAUGAUUUAGCUGCACUCAAGUAUUGGGGUUCAACUACUCAUAUAAACUUCCCGCUAAGUACUUAUGAAAAAGAGCUAGAAGAGAUGAAGAACAUGACAAGGCAAGAAUUUGUAGCCAAUUUGAGAAGGAAAAGCAGUGGGUUUUCAAGAGGAGCUUCUGUGUACAGAGGUGUGACAAGACACCAUCAGCAUGGAAGGUGGCAAGCUAGGAUUGGCAGAGUUGCUGGAAACAAAGACUUGUACCUUGGAACAUUUAGCACACAAGAAGAAGCAGCUGAGGCUUAUGACAUUGCAGCAAUCAAGUUUAGGGGCAUAAGUGCUGUGACCAACUUUGACAUGAGUAGGUACGAUGUGAAGAGGAUUUGCUCAAGCUCCACCCUCAUUGCCAGUGACCUCGCCAAACGUUCACCGAAAGACUCAGCUCCUCCGGCCGCAGCGAUCGAGGACUUCAAUUCAUGCGCUUCGUCUACUUCUCCACAUCCCCUUUUGGCCAUCACAAGUGGUGUUGAACCUUCUGAUGACUUGGCUGACAUGAUGUGGAACAAUGCAGCAGAGGAUCAUUCGAACACAAAUGCACCAUUGGGUGCUUCAAGCCCUAAAAGUCAUGAGUUUGGCAUUGCAGGAGGUGAUUAUUCUCAUGCUUAUUUCUCAGCAGGAAAUAAUGGUGGGACUGAUCACAGCAGGCUUGGAAAUCUUGGUUUGGUUCAACAGGUUCCAAUGUUUGCACUGUGGAAUGACUAAUUAUUGUGUUUAAUUAGCAUAAGUAAGGAACACAAAUUAGUCUCUAGGAAUUGGUUAAUUUGUGGUGGAAAUUAAGGUAGCUAGCUAAGUUAGAUGGUAGAAAUGAAGAGCAGAAAUGUAACAUGGAAGUUAAUCUGGGUUCAUGUUUUGGUGUUACAUCUGAUUAACUGUAACCGUUAUUGUUUAGAACAAAUUAACUGAAAUUAGUGGUGAGUUAAA